AUGUUAACUGCAGUACAGCGCCGACUUAUCGCUAGUAAUGAGGACAAAUCCUUAAUGUAUACAGUCGAUGUCAACUUAGCAAUGUGUGACUGUCCUUAUGGUGCCGGGGGGAAGUUCUGCAAACAUCUUUGCGCGGUUCAGGAAACUUGUGGUAUUGUCUUUAAAAAUGCUCCAUUAUUAACUGCUAGUGAUAAAAAAACUCUGGCCAAGGUAAGUCUCGGAUAUGACGUUCCUGAAGAUUUUUUUGAAAACAUGGAAGUUCAAUAUAUGGAAUGCGGUACCAGUUGUGAUAACACAAAUAAUAAAAAAAGUUGUUCUGAAAUAUCGUCAAUAGCAACUACGCCAUCAGAAGAUGACGAAAUAAUGGAUAGGAAGCACUUGGCUGCUAUUGAAAAGCUUAAUUUAAGUUUCCAAAGGCUUACUUAA